GCUCCUCAUAUCACACCAAUCAUAUUCUCUCUACGGCCACUUGCUUAAAUCCUCUUUCGAAUCGUAUAGCUAGCUACCAGCUAGCCUUGCUUUCUUAUAAAUUCUAUCAGCUUCCUGAUAUUAGCUUAAGGAAGUGAUCUGAGGAGAUGGAGGAGACCAGUAAGCAGGGAGCAGGUCAACCAAGAGAUCAGACUGACCAGGAGAAAUUAUUGGUUUAUGAUUCUUCUGUGGAUCAUAAAGGAAAAGUGCCUCUUCGGGCUUCCACUGGUGUUUGGAAGGCCUCCAGGUUUAUUAUUGCAAUCGAGUUCAGUGAGAGAUUGAGUUACUUUGGAAUUGCAACCAGCUUGAUCCUUUACCUCAGCAAAGUAAUUCAUCAAGACCUAGAGACAGCAGCCAAGAACGUGAACUACUGGUCUGGUGUUACUACUUUGAUGCCACUGUUGGGAGGGUUCAUAGCUGAUGCUUACUUGGGCCGAUUCUCGACAGUGCUCGUGUCAACCAUCAUCUAUCUCAUGGGUCUGAUCCUCCUGACGUUGUCUUGGUUCAUGCCAGGCUUAAAGGCUUGUGAGACUGAUAUGUGCAUAAAGCCUAGGAAGGUUCACGAGGUGGCUUUUUUCCUUGCCAUUUACAUGAUCUCAGUAGGAACUGGAGGGCAUAAACCCUCUUUGGAGAGCUUUGGAGCGGACCAGUUUGAUGAUGAUCACACUGAAGAAAGAAGGCAGAAGAUGACAUACUUCAACUGGUGGAACUUUGCCCUUUGUGCUGGAGUUCUACUUGGUGUGACUGUGAUUGUGUAUGUGCAAGACCAUGUGAACUGGGGUGCUUCAUAUAUCAUACUCACGGUAGUCAUGGCAGUGUCGAUGGUUAUCUUCAUCAUAGGAAGGCCAUUUUAUCGUUACAGACAUUCAACAGGAAGCCCCUUGACGCCAUUGUUGCAAGUUCUUGUAGCAGCCAUACGCAAGAGAAAUCUUCCUUAUCCUUCCAGUCUAGCUCAAUUGUUUGAAAUUCCCAAGGAAGAGAAAACCAAAGGGAGAUUCCUGUGUCACACAAACAAACUCAAAUUUCUUGACAAAGCAGCUGUUCUUGAAGACAACGAUAAUCCAGCUGAGAAGCAGAGUCCUUGGAAACUUGCGACCGUGACAAAGGUUGAGGAGUUGAAGCUUGUUCUGAACAUGAUCCCCAUAUGGCUCGCUACUUUGCCAUUCGGAAUUUGUAUAGCACAAGGGACCACCUUUUUUAUCAAACAAGGUGCUAUACUAAACCGAAAGAUUGGAAAUGGUUUUGAGCUUCCCCCGGCCUCGAUUUACGCCGUUGCUGCCAUUGGAAUGAUUAUCUCUGUCACCAUCUACGAAAAAAUCCUCGUUCCCACUAUAAGAAAGGCAACAGGAAACGAGCGAGGCAUCACUAUCCUACAGAGGAUUGGCAUUGGAAUGCUAUUCUCCAUCCUUGUAAUGGUAGUUGCAGCCCUUGUUGAGAAGAAAAGGCUAGGCGUAGUGGAGAAUGACCCCAGAAAGAGUUCACUUUCCAUGAGUGUUUUCUGGUUGGCUCCUCAAUUUCUCAUCCUCGGUAUUGGAGAUGGAUUUGCUCUAGUGGGCUUGCAGGAGUAUUUUUAUGAACAAGUCCCAGACUCUAUGAGGAGUUUAGGCAUUGCAUUUUACCUAAGUGUGAUAGGAGCUGCAAACUUCGUCAGUAGUUGGUUGAUAACCAUUGUUGGACGUUUAACCAAGAAGGAUGGACACGGUUGGUUUGGUAAAGAUUUGAAUACUAGCCGUUUGGACAAAUUCUAUUGGCUGUUGGCUGGAAUUUCUGCUGUGAACAUGCUCUUUUUUGUGCUCUUGGCUCGAAGGUAUUCUUACAAAAAUGUGCAGAGGGUGGCUGUGGCAGACUGCAAUAUUGAAGGCGAUGAUGAUGCCAUGGUAUAGGUAGUAUAUCUUUCAAGGAAGGAGCAUAUAGAACUGCAACUAGCUUAAUGUCUAAAUAUUUAAAUGAUGAUCAAACUAAGGAAAAAAAAUUUAUUCUUAGAAGUUAGAAAUGCAAUUCUGAUUGAAGUUUGUGUAAGCAUAUGUAAUUCUGAUUGCAAAUCAUGUUAACAUCAUGCUAAAGCAUCAUGAUUUACAUGAGAUCCAACUAUUUGUGUUUGUUUCGUUGCAGAAAAACAAUUUCGGACUGUCAAAUUGGAAAAAGUUUCUUAGGAAACAAAUUAUGA